UUUUGCGCAUCACUAGACUACCCACUCUUCUCCUCCCUAAACACUAUCUUUUGUGUCUCGAAAAUAUUAAGAAAAACACUGAAAAUCAUUACGAAGUAACCAAAAAUAAUAAAGGUUAAAAACACGCGUAUCACUGUGCCGAAAAAUGCUGGCGACGCAGCAAUAAGCGCUCGUUCUUCGAGUCUUCAGUUAUUGUGAACAAAUCGAAGGCCUAUUUAUAUUUAUUUACAAUAACAACAAAGAUUAAAGAAAACAACAGCAGCAAGAAGAAACAGUAUGUACAACAACGGUGCUCGGGGCUUCUCCAUACAUGACGCGUUCGAGGAAGAGGAAGAGGAGGCGAUACGUGUUUAUGGCUCCACAGUGAUAUCUACGCCAAUGCGCGGCGGCGUUAGUGGCAGUGCCAAACAAGGUCGCUCUACCGAAGAUGUAUCCAUACGCAUACAGGAUCCAAAGGGCUACAAGUAUGCCGAGGACACAACGUCGCGUGACAGUGAUUCCCUAAUACAGGAAUAUGGCAAUCUGCCCACAGAGGAAACGAAUACAUACUGCUGGCGGCAUCCAAAGGUACGCGAAAAUUGGCGCACUGUCCUAGCUGCCUUUACGUUGCUCGUCGUGGGCACUGGGUUAUUUGUAAUGGGAACCUUUGCCAUCGCUGAUCCACACAAUACAUCACAGGGUGUUGUCUUUUUUGUUGCUGGACUCAUUUGUUUUAUACCAGGCGCAUAUCAUGUUGUCUACAUUUGGCUGGCGGCUAAGGGAUAUCGAGGGUUUGAUUUUUAUCACUUGCCCCUGUUUACAUAAAGUCAGAUUCUUAACAGAGUGUAAUAAAUAAAUUUAUAUUGCAUUGGUUGAUCCAAUUUGAA